AUGGGUUGUUUCAUGGCAUGUUUUGGUUUAUCCAACAAAAGGAAGCGUAGAAAGACUCUCUACAAAGUCCUAGCUGGACACCAAAAAUAUGGGAAUUAUGAAGUUCUUGCCAUAACAGAAAAAACCAUUAUCCCGGAUUCUGAUUUCAGAGGCAGAGAUGAAGUUAAGGAGCAGAACAGUAAUAAGAGCAGGAAGAAGAAAGUUACCUUCAAUUUGAAUGUACAGGUAUAUGAGCCAAACCCCACUGCUUAUCAGGCAUUGAAUAACGAGGAAGAAGAGGAUAAUGACAACACUGCAGAGCCAGAAAGCUCUGCAGCCUUGCCAGUGAGAUACCCUACAAAUCACAGAUAUUAUAACUGUGGAGAUGGUCAUGGUGAGGAGGAUGAAGUGGCGUAUGAGGAUUCUGACAUUGAUGACUAUUAUGAUGAUGAUGAAUUUGACGACGAUGAUGAUGAUGAGUAUGAUUGGGACAAUGGGGGCAGUGAUGGAAAUUUAGAAAAUGAUGAAGGUGAGGUAUAUGAUGAAAAUCCUAAACAGAAAGAGUUGUCAGAGUCAUGCUAUCGUUCUCUGGCAGAAGACAAGGUAAAGAAUCAGAUGCCAGUUUAUCCAAAUCAUGCUGAACUGAAAUCCAAUUUAAGUGGACGAGACAGAAGCAUGGACAUGCAUUCUGUUCUAUGCCCUGUGGAGAAUCUCACUCAGUGGAAAGCGAUCAAAACAAAAGUUGCAGCAUCAAGCAAGCACAGGAGGAAGGAGAAUGUUCCAUCAAAGCAACAAACAAGUAUGCCCUUAGUCUCUGAUGCGAGCUUGAAUUUCUCACCAUGCAGCUUGGAAUCAAAUGCCCUUCAGUCCAAGCCUCUGUUGCCAGAAAUUGCAGUUGAUGCUAGCCUUUCAAACUGGUUGGGUUCUCCUAAUUAUCGUGUCUCCUCGACCACAAUCCAUUGCCAAUGA